GGCGCCUCUGGUUGUCAGUCACCAAAAUAACAAACGUCAAAUUUUAAUGUUUUUUAAGGCGUAAAAGCGCAACAAAAAGUGAUGGCUUUAAGUAAUAUCGUAUUGCUUAGCCAAAUCGCCGGUUAUGUGAUAGCUUUUAUCUUAUCGUUAUGCAUAGUUGUUCCUAUGAGUUUGCACCAGGAUGAAUUCAGGGGUCAUUGCUUGUUGUUUUCGACCGGCGUGUGGCAGGAGGCCGACGGCCAGUUGAAAGUCGACUGGGCUUCGCAGUGCUACUGCAACUACACGAUUUUUGUAGGCGUGUUGUUAUGUUUAGUCUCAAUCGUGCAAAUCUAUCGCUUGUCGCUGUUCUUGUACAAAGGCACCGAUAGCAGUUUUUUGUCCGCGUUCUUUGACGUCCUCACAGGCAUUAUUUUGUGCGGCAUGACCAUAAUCGCAGCUUUGAUGAUUACUUUGGGGUUCAUGGUGUGGUGCCAGAACAUGACCCAACGAUUCCCCUCGUGCGAAUUAGCAGCUGGUCAAGCGAUUGAUAAACAGGACGGUAUUAACACCACCAAUUUUUACAUCGAGUUGGGGACUGCACAGUUUGGCGUUUGGGGCUCCUUUGCCACGUGGGUGGGGCUGUCCGUGUUCGCACUUUUGAAGCUGUGCCGCUACCACCAGUUGGAAAAUAUCAGAGUGUCAAUGUACAGAGAACGGCAGAGACUGAUCAACGAAAACUCAGAGUCGCCUGGAAGCUCGCUAGGUCGUGAGUCCACACACAGUCAAGACACCACGGCCACAGCCGCCGAGUGAUUAGUUUCCGGCGUCUUGAGGUGUCCUUAUUUUAUAAUUUACGCAAUAAUUCACAUCUCACUUCUCAUACAUAACACUGUGUACCAAAUAGUCGGUUUUAAUUGAGUAUAUUGUGAUAAUAUAAUAGAGAUUAGCGGCUUUUUCAAGUUGAUUUUAUAAGAAUAAAUCAUUUUAUUGGAAGAAA